CACGUGCUCCGGCGGCCGAGCCAAUCAGCGCCGAGCCUGCUCCGGGGCUGCGACGGCACGGCCAAUAAAGGAGAGCGGAAUCGGGUCCGGCCGCCGCCGAGCGAGUGGUACUUGGCAUCGCCGGUGUGUGUGGGGCUGCGCUGUGCUCGCAUCGAAGCAGGAUGAAGAUUUACUGUAUACUGUCAUUAUGCCUGACUGGGAUCUUUGCAGCCCCAAGCUUGGACCCUGAACUGGAGGAGCCCUGGCAACAGUGGAAAAGUUGGCAUCAGAAGACCUAUGAACGAAAUGAAGAAAGCUGGAGGCGAUUGGUGUGGGAAAAGAACCUUAAAAAAAUUGAACUUCACAACUUGGAACAUUCGCUUGGCAUUCAUUCAUUCAAGCUAGCAAUGAACCACUUUGGAGACAUGACAAGUGAAGAAUUUAGACAGAUAAUGAAUGGAUACAGGCAUACAAAACGGAAUGUUAAGACACAAGGAUCCCUCUUUCUGGAGCCCAAUUUUCAAGAGUUGCCGAAAAAGAUAGAUUGGCGUGAGCAUGGAUAUGUCACUCCAGUUAAAGACCAGGGGCAAUGUGGCUCAUGUUGGGCUUUUAGUGCCACUGGAGCUCUUGAAGGUCAACAAUUUAGAAAAACUGGCAAGCUCGUCUCUCUCAGUGAACAGAAUCUUGUGGACUGCUCAAAACCUGAGGGAAAUGAGGGCUGUAGUGGGGGACUGAUGGAUCAAGCUUUCCAGUAUGUGGAAGAUAAUGGUGGAAUUGACUCAGAAGAAUCUUACCCUUAUACUGCCAUGGAUGGUGAUCACUGUCUUUAUGAUCCAGCUUACAAUUCUGCAAAUGAUACUGGUUUUGUGGAUAUUCCAGAGGGUAAAGAAAGGGCCCUGAUGCAUGCUGUUGCUUCUGUUGGACCAAUUUCGGUAGCUAUUGAUGCUGGCCAUAGUUCAUUCCAGUUCUAUAGUUCUGGUGUUUACUAUGAAGAAGAAUGCAGCUCCACAAGUCUGGACCAUGGUGUAUUAGUAGUAGGAUAUGGCUUUGAGAACGAAGAUGCUCAUGGAAAGAAAUACUGGAUUGUUAAAAACAGCUGGAGUACCCAAUGGGGUGAGGAAGGUUACAUAAAGAUGGCCAAAGACAGGAACAAUAACUGUGGAAUAGCCAGUGCUGCCAGCUACCCUCUAGUAUAAAUUGUACUACUGUUCAAAUAACUUGAAUAUGUGCAAAAACUAGGUCAUUGCACCUGGACUGCUAAAGCAGACUGCCUCAGUGAUAUGGUCCAGAACUUUGAGCAGACCUUAAAAUUUAUUUUCCCAGAAUAUACUUUGAUUUUCUUUUUGAUAGACUAUCAACAUUACAUCUUACCACUGGGUUAAGUGACCAAGAAAUUGAAGUUCCUUGGAUAUGUUAAUCAAUUUGUAUUAUUGGUUUUUUAAAGUAAUCGUAGUUCCAAUAAGCUUUUUAAUGAGGAAAUUGAUGUCAAUUGAUUUCCAAAUAUUAAGAAUUUGUUCCACUUAUUGUGCACUGCUUGAUUGGUUCUAACUGUGUAAUUGCUGUGCAAUGCACAAUGUUUAUUCAAUUUUUUUAUUUGUAAUCACAAAUAAAGUUUUCUUGCUCCAAGA